AUGCUUGCCCUUCUAGUUUUGACGCCAGCGGUUCUAGCUCUGGCUACGCCUUUAUCCUCCCAUCCCCGAAGUGAAACUGACACCGGCGCACCUACCGAUCUCCUGCUUCGCUAUCACCGCGACAUCGUCUCCAACCAGACGGAGUUGUCUCUCAGCACGCUUGACAAGUCCCAUACUUAUAGCCAUGGCUGCGGAAACAGCCUCGAGGUCGCCGGUCGGACAGUCAGCGUCGCGGUAAACGACCGGGGUGCCGGCAAUGUCCUCAUCGACGCCGAAGAGUAUCGGAUUUUGGGUGAUCGGCAAAUGUCGGGUGGCGCGUCUUGCACCAAGCUCUACAACGACAGGUCGGUGGUUGUCGAGUGCUCCGUGCCGUGGUAUGCGAACAUGGAAGACCUCUCUGCCAUCUCCGACGACCGCGUCGAAGAGUGCUUCUCCGAGGAGUCGGCAGCCCACCGACGAAGCUUGCCUACGAGCUUCGCUCCAUCUGUCGUUUCGGCGGUAGAGAAGAGGCAGGGUCUCUGCAUGUGGUUUUAUGCCGACAACACCGAUCUCGUUGGCGAUGGCAACCCCCAUCAAGAUUACCUCCAUAGGCAGGUCGGCCCCAGCCAAACCUGCGCCCAGCGCGGCACUUGCUUCGUCGGAGUCGGCGAGGAAGUCUCCAUCACAGUCUCCGCCGAGAUCGCCGGCAUCGGCCCCUGGAUCAGCGGCGGCUUCGGCGUCUCCCGCACGGUAUCAUCCUCCACCGAGCGCGGCUGCUACGGUGAGGCGGGUGACACCGUCUGCCAGUGGAGCAGCACCCACCACACCGCUUACACGGUAACCACCCGAAGCGUUGGCACGUGCGGAUCUUCGCGCUACGAGGGUGAGCCCUCGGCGCCAUAUGUGAUUCGCUCGCCAAACAGCGGUAACAAUGCCGUCGAUUGGUACUGCGUUCUGAACACGUGCCGUGGUGACGGCGACUUUUACUGGGACCUUGGCCGCGCUGGUGGUCCUUAG